AUGAACCAGCCAGGACAAACACUGAACGAAAACAAACAAGGUCUAGUUGAAGAUGAUUCGCCGGCAAAAGGCAAACCAGAUGUGUUUGUCGACUCGACCGCCCUUGUCGCCGACGGACAGGUCAUACGCAUCUUCUCUGUCCUGCAAUCAACAUCCCCGAAGUUGACCAAGGCAUGGUUGUGGGUGCUGGGGACAACGGUCUUUUGUGGUUGGACCGUCUCGUUCACCUACGCCGUCUUCAUCAGCCCCCAUCCCGUCUGGCGCUUCUACGAUUUCUCGCCCAGAAUCACAGUCGCGGUGGUCAAUUUUGCCUCUCACGUCGCCGUGUAUCUGGCGGGGUGUAUGAUCCAAGCGACGUUUGACGCUGUGUGCUGGGCGGUGAUAUCUGGGCGAAAAGGGGCGCCGCUCAGGACGUUCCUGGUCACGAAACACGAUGCAGGUCCGACAACGGUAGCGUCCAUGCUUUGGACGUACGGAGGACAUCAGCUGUGGGGCAUUUUCAGGCUCUCUCUUAUGGUCGGCGGCCGGGUCAUCGGUCUGCCCCUUCUGAGUGGGAUAUCUUACAAAGACGUCUUCUAUCCCAACCAAACCGUCUCUGUGGUCGGCGGGAUCGCGCCUUUCCACGAAUCAGUCGUGGCGCUGCAAAAGGCCAGCUCCGGUGGUCAACAGCCUACUUUCCAGGACGCAAGCACAAACACAAUGCUCAUCAGCUCGACCAAUAGCAUCCUCACCGACCCCAAGUUUGUUGUCAGAGUUGCUCCAGUAUCCUCAAAUUGCCACGGGUCUGACUGCAAGUCUUUGUUCCUGCCUGGUGGGUUGGAACUUGUCCUCAAGGCAGACGGGACGUCUCUGUUUGACGGGAACCAGCCAGAAGACCCCGUCAUCAUUGUCCACGAUGCUCAAGGCUACCAAUUGGACUUCUCAUCUCAGGACUACACGUUCAAUACCUCAGUGGACUGUAAUACCUACGGCCUUCCUGUCUCAGCCCUUUACGCGUGUGUAGCAGGUCGUAAUGACACAAUCUUCAGUGGCUUCACAGUGUGUCCCUUCAACUUGAUGAGCAACGGCGCCUGCCAAUCUGAUCAGUCAUGGACACAGCACCUCCAAGCAUCCGUCGCCAUGAACAUUUACCGGCGGACGUCGACGGUGGCGUACGACCGGUCCAACUUUUCGAUCUUGAGCGUCGAAUCCCUGGGACCCCCGACGGUGGCCAGCGAUGAAGACUCGGUAUCCGACUUGCAACAGCUCUUCGAGAUCAUGUAUCCCAAAUUGACCACCAUCAUCGGGGACAUUGAGGCGUCACUAGAGCAUUUCGACUCGGGCCAGGCGUGGACGGACCUCGCCUACCUCGCCUCGGUGUACUGCAUCCAGGCCGAGAUCACCGCGGCCGAGCUAUUCCUCACCGACGGCUACCCCAGCUGGAUCAAUGGCCAGCGGGACAUCCUGGAAGGCUUCUUGACGAUCCCAGUGCAGUUUGGGACCCUGCUGCUGCGGCAGAUCGACCAGUCCAUCCUCGGCGACAGCUUGACCACGACGGCGUCCUUCGCCCGCGUGUCGUUUCGCGUGAGGUCGGAGCCCUGGACCAUCAUCAUGUUUACGUCCGUCACAGCCGGCCUCGUGGCCAGUGCUAUCUUGGCCUUGCUGUACGCUCACUGGGCGGCACGGCUCAAGCCUUUACCCGCACGUUCCUCCCCUGUUGUGACCGCCUUCAAGCACGGAAACCCCUUCGACGCGCCGCCCGCAGAUAUUUGGCAGUCAUUCUUGAGCGCCCUCUUAUGCUGCAGUCGCAGGAAAUACUCAUCUGCGCUCCAGAACGGGGCUUCUGGUGGGGACACUCAUGUCGUGGCGCGGAAAGUCACUGACGAGCUUCUGAUCGCUGUCGACCGGGAACAGGAUAAGGAAGAUCUAGGCGGUAGCGCCACAGGGUACGAGAACAGUCAUUUCUAG